AUGAAAUCCCAAACAAGUAAAAACAAUAUAAUGAGUUCUCAAACUCAGUUGAAUACAAAUAAUUUUACUUUAUCAUCUCUAGGUUCAUCUUUACUACGAACGCCUCUAAUAAAUAAUAACAGUAGAGAUAGUUUUUUCAGCGAUGAAUACAAAGGUACAGGUAUUAAUGACAGUGAUUCACUAAUAAUAAAAGACAUGACAUCUUAUAUGGGGAGUAUGUCAGUUGAAGGAUCUGUGAAUGCGUCUCCCAAUAUUUUACGUCAAGAAACAAUAUCCACUGACAACUCUGUAAUAAUUGCACAAGAGAUAUUUGAUGGAACAUACAACGCGAUAUCUUACAAAGAAUAUGCAAACUUUUUAGGAGAAAAGACCAACAAUGAAAUAUUGAGUAAUUUUAUUCUAUUAUUAAGACCAUUACCAUAUUCACUAUUAUCUGUUCUUCAUAAGUUAUCCAACAAUCUUUAUUUGAUUGCUGAAUCCCAAAAUAUGGAUAAAAUAUUAGAAGAAGUGAGUAAACAAUGGGUCAAUACAUAUCCAGAUAGCAAAUGGGGAAAUAGAUACCAAUUAUGUCAUAUAAUAUUAUUUUCUUUGUUAAUAUUAAAUUCAGAUAUGCAUAAUGAAGAGAAUAAAGCUAAUCAGAAUUACAAUAAAUUUACAUGUGAAGAAUUCAUUAGUAAUACUCUGACAGCUAUUGAAAUUGAACUAAACAAAUCAAGGGAUAGCAAUUUUAUUAUUUUUGAUAAUUAUGAGGAAGUUAAAAUGGAUCUUACAAAUGAACUAGUAUCUUAUUAUGAAUCAUUAAAAUAUAGUGCACUUCCUGUUUUAAAAAUACGAUCGAAUGAAUAUUAUAGCAAGGAAUCAAGAGAUGAUAAAAGCAUUAUGACAUCAAGAGGGAAUCAUAUUAAAAGAACAACCUCUAGUGUUAGUACUCUGACAAAAUCUACCUCUAUAUCAAUAUUUGAUAAAAAAUCAUUACGUUCAAUAAAAUCUCAGUUAAAUUUACAAAAUCAUGAUUUUGAUAAAAAGAAGAGGAAGAAUUUACAAGAUCAGAAAUUUAAUUUAUUAUACGUCAAGGAACCAUUUGAUGAUCAAUUCAUUGAAAAAAGAUGUCCUAUUUGGAUAAUAGACACAGUUUUAUACCUCUAUGAGGAUAGUUAUAAAAUAUUAAAAUUAUUUAAAGGGCAACUAAAUAGCGAAAUAGACUAUCACCCCUCUAGUCAUGAAAAUGAGUUUAAUAAUGAUAAGACAAGUAGUAAUAUUAGUAAUAAUAGUUAUAAUAGUAGAAGCUCUUUUAAAAGUAAGUCAUCUUUUUUAUUAAAGUGGUUAAAGAAACAGCAAAAGUUGAAACAACAUCAAUUUUCUAAUAAUUAUUUAAAACGUAAUCACACAGCAUUCUUAGAAUCGGAUUUCAAGUGGUUAAAACUUAGAAUCAAAAUAAAUGAAGGUAGAUUAUUUAUUUAUAAAGACAAUAAAGAAAGGCAAAAAGGAGGAGAAAUAUACAGAGACACACAUUAUCAAAAAGGAGAUUGUUUUGUAAUAGACUUGUUUGACUGUACAGCUGAAUUAUUACAAACAAAUAUAAUUAUUAGCAAACAGAAUGAUUCAUCUGAUAUCGACCAUUCAAAUUAUAAUAUUAAUAUUAAUAUUCCUUAUAACGACAUAAAUCAUCAACAUAUAAUUAACAACAGCAGUGGUAGCAAUAGCAGUAAAAACGGUAAAAAGAAUUAUAAUGAAAAUAUUGUAUUACAAUUAUGUACUACGAAUAAAGAUAAAGCGGAUUAUAUUGUCAAAUGCAUAAAUUUUUGGGCAUCUAGAAUAAGUUCAAUACCAGAUUCACAAUUUGAACUUGUGUCAAAUGAGGAAUAUGGCUGGAGCAACAAAGUUUUGUCGUUACCUUUUAGAGAAUCUGAUAUAGUUAAAUUAAAUCAAAUUAAAAUUUCUGAAUGGAAACCAUUGUUAUCCAUAUUGGAUAUAUUUGAUAUAGAUGAUGAGGAAGCUGAAAGUUAUAUGAUGAUAGAAAAAGAUCAGAAGUUAAACGAAAAAUUGAAUGAAUUAAAUGGUUUUAUAAUUAGAUUAGAUGAAUUAAUCGAUAAACAUAAUCAAAUUAAACCUGAUGUAAUUAACAUUUGGAAUGAAACUAGACAGUUUGAUAAAGUGAUGAAUAACUGGAAUAAUAAAUAUUUAUUUUUAAACAACCAAUAUCAAAGACAAUUAACUUAUUAUAACAUACUAAAUGAAGUAUAUUUGAAAUAUUGUGUUCCAAUGAGAUCAGAUAAUCAUUAG